UUUAGUUGCAUGUGUAUAGUUACAUGCCAACAAUUCCUCUGCAAAGUAUUUGUCAAGAAAACAUAACUUAAAGAGGUCAUUUCAAAGAAGUUAUGCAAAUGAUUAACUAGGAAAAAAGACAAGGAAAGCAAAACUUAUCCUCACAAACUCUUAAAAAGAUUAGUCAUUGUACCGUUGUUGUAAAGAAUAAGCACUCAACUACACUUUCGUUUUAUGAAGCCACUCCUCUCUAACGUUUCCCUCCUUGUUUUUGUGAGAAGCCUUAUAUUCCACCUUCCUUCAUCUCCAUUUUCAGAAAUAGUGAACGGCCUCUUUGCAAAGAAUCUGGUGAAAUUCCACUUUAAAUUUUAAAUUGUUUUCAAAACUUGUUUUUUGGCUUUUUCAUUUGUUCUCACCUUUUUUUGGCCAAACUUCUUCUGUCUUCAUCAUUUUCAUUAACAGUUGCAUGUUUGCGUCAUGGAUGACUUUGUUUGCGCGAUAUUAAUUGACUGGGACCUAAGCGAAUGGAUAGAAACAUUUAGAGAACAAGGAAUUGUUGAGAAAUGUCUGUACAGCCUUAAGGAGCAAGACUUGGAAAAAUUGAUUCCCAAAGUGGGACCAAGAGCACUUUUCAGAAAGAAUCUGAAACUGUUAAAGAAAAAAAAAAACAGAAAUGAGGACACAUCGCCUUUUUCUUUGGAUAUUGAACAGAAACAGAAAAACGCAACUGUUCAGACUGAGGUACAUCCAUCCACAAGUAAUGGAGGAAAGAGAAAGUUGGAUCUAGAGGAGUUUAAGAAAGGAGAACCAACAGCCAAACGGUUUCGCAGGAGUAUGUCAUCUUUGUCAGAACUAAGACUGCAAUCUAAAGUGAAAAAUGUUAUGAAAGAUGUUCUGGAUAAACUACGCAAUCAAGAAAACACAAAGCUGAAUUCUUUCCUAAGGGAUAAAAUUAAGGAUCUGGAGACAGACAGAAGAGAAAUGGUUGGUGUCUUUGGUAAAACUGGAGCUGGAAAGACCAGUUUGAUAAACGCUCUCAUUGAGGAGAGAAAACUUUUGCCAUCUGGAGAUGUUGAUGCAUGCACUUCAGUCAUGAUUAAAGUGGAGGCAAACAUGUCCAAUACAAAGUAUGAGGCACAUAUUGAAUUUAUUACAAAAGAGGAAUGGAAAGAUGAGUUGUGGUCAGUGAGUCAGUUUCAAGAGAAUACUGGAGAUAAAAAAAAAAAUGAAGAUGAUGAUUAUCAGGAUGUUGCUGAAAAGCUGUCUGCACUCUAUGGAGAGGAAUGGAAACAAAAAUCUUCUGGACAACUAAUGGACCCCAAAUAUUUCAGAGAAAUACCAGAAUUUCUUCAAUCCACAGAAAAGAUACUGUCAUGUGAAACAGCUAAACAGCUAUCUGCUAAAAUGAUUAAAUACACAAGAACUGAAUCAAAUCAUGGAGGGGAAACAGAACGAACCAGGUGGUAUUGGCCUCUUGUAAAGUGUGUGACUGUCAAAGUGCCAGAUGAUUUUCCCCAACACAUCACUCUUGUGGACCUUCCUGGAAAUGGAGACCGUAACAAGAGCAGAGAUACAAUGUGGAAAGGGAUUGUUGGGAACUGUUCUACUGUGUGGAUCGUCACUGAAAUCAACCGAGCAGCAUCAGAGAGAGAAUCCUGGGAAAUCUUGAAUAGUGUCAGUAGUUUCAUAGGAAACGGUGGGGAGUGCAGAAACAUUCACUUUAUCUGCACAAAAUCUGAUGUUAUCGAAGACUCUACUGAUCAUUCAGCUGAACUUCAGGCUGAAAUCCUCAGAAGAAACAUGAAAGUAAAGGAAGCAGUGCGCAAAGAAUUCAACAAGCUACACAAGAUUAAGAAACACUUCAGUGAUGACUCUUUCAAAGUGUACACAGUGAGCUCCAAAGAGUUUCAGAAACCAACGAUUCUCAGUCCAGAGAACACUGAAAUCCCCAAGCUUCAAAAUUUUUUGCAAAAGCUCAAUGACGAUCACUCAGAAACGCUGAACUAUGUUUCUGGAGCUCAUGGGAUUCUCUCUUUGAUUCAUGGAGCCAGCUUGGAAAAACAGACUGGAAUACACACAGAAGUUUGUGAAAAGCUUGAGAGAAACAUAGCUCUCCACCAUGAUACAAUACAAAAAGCAAUGGAAAGAGCUUACCGGGUUUUUGAGGAAUGCCUGUCUGAAGGGGUUGAACAAUCAAAAAGCUCAUGUGAAAAAACGCUGCAUAACUUUCUCCAUCCUCAGGGAAAGCGUGGUGGUGGUUAUCACGGAACAUUAAAGUGCGUUUUCAAAAAUGGUGGAGUCCACAAACCCAAAAACGGAGAACAAAUCAACCUCAACAUGAAACUCACUUCAUUCCUGACUGACAGCAUUGAUGAGGAAUUCAGAAAAACCUUCCCAAAUGACCGUAACUGUGGCCCAUUUAAUGGUGUCAUUGACAAGUUUUCACUUGACACUGAAAGUCUGAGGGAAAAGUACAAAGAGGUGGAACUGCAGCUGAUAUUUCUCAAGACAGAGGAGGAAAAAUUAAAGAAAAAGCUGAACAAAAGGAUAAGAGACCAAAAGAAAAUAAUGUACAACAGUCUGACAAAGACAAUUGAGGAGACCAUGCAAGAAUGCUACAAGACUGCAGCAGGACACUCAAAAUCUGGUAUGCUGGAGAAAAUGAGAGAAACAGUAAAAAAACAUGUUCAGGAAUCAAAGGACACCAUGUUUGCAAAGGCGAAAGAUGACAUGUUGAACCACCUCCAGGACUUAAAGGUGGAAGUUCUGAAAACAAUGAAGGACACUUGGGACAACUCCAUGGACCUCUCCCUCAGGACAGAUUGUCAAUCAAUUCCAGAUGUUUUAGCAGAGCUCAAAAUGGUGAAGAAACUCUACAGUGAGCUUAAGAACAGCUCAAAUGAAGAAAGCUCAUGAAAACGGUAAAGUAUUGAAUCUUGUUUUCAACAUUGAUCAAUGGUGUAUAUGACAUCAAUAGAACAUCAUCCUUUCAAAUUAACAGCUCCUCUGAAACCAUGACAAGAAUCUCCAUAAGGGAAGCUUCUGCUCUGUCUUCAUGUCUUCACAUCAAUGAUUCUCAUUCUGCUCAUUUUGGGAACGUUUGAAGGAGAAAUAGUCUCCAUUAGUAGAUCCUUUGCAGUUCUUACUUGUUUUGUGUAACAACUUUCAGGGUGGUACAGCGACGUUUUCCUCUAUUUUAACCUAAUAUUGUAAAUUAACCUACUUAGAAACUUCCUGACAUCAUCAACUGAAACAACUUUGCUCCAAGAUUAUUCAUUUAAAAAAAUAUAUAUUACCAUUACAUCUUUCUUCAUGUUUGUUCAUCAUUUCUUGUGAAAUAAUGCUUGUAUAGAAAUCAUUAUAGUAAUUAAUGAUUUCUAAAAAUAAAAAAAACUCAUUGAAAAAGUCAACAAAAAAAUUGUUUUUUUUCAUUUUGAAAGACUUGAGACUUUUUUGUAGCGAAUGAUUUCUGUUUGUUAAACUGGAGAAAGAAACAUGUCACAAGUGAAGCUUUAGAUAAGACUGAACUUUAUUACUGUAUAAUAAAGAUAAAGAGUUUUAAGUGUUUCACAAACGUUUAUCAAAGUUUUCUUUAAUUAAUCUAGAACCAUUUAUUCAAGGUUUAGCUUGUCCAAUUCAGGUUUUAUGCUUAUUUUACAUAAAGUUAGUUUUAUCAUGUCUGAACACCAAUCACCAUUUAUGUGUUUCACAAAUAAAGAUUUUAAUUACUUUCAAACUGAGUUAA